AGCACAGCUAAGGAAAAAGGGGGAAAAAAUGGCGGACUGCAUUGUUUGGUGACCCCCAUGAAAUGGUCGUUGGACCCCAAAUGGGGUCCCGACCACAGGUUGAGAACCGCUGGCCUAGACCCAUGCAUGAAAGUCUUUAAAGAACCAACACCUCAAAAUGGGCUCAAAAGCAAAGUGGCAAAAAUGCCACUCAGACAACAGUGGCUUAUGUGGGCCACCCUAAGGGCCCCUAAAACUUUCUGCUCUGCUGCAUUUCAUGCUAGCUGAAUAUUCUGCAUACUCUUAAAUGGAUAGUCCCAUUGCAGCAGUCAAAAAGGCUGAGAUGACCAGGUUAUCAGUGACUAAGAGCGUUUUGAGUGGCCAAAAAUAAACACCUCCAUCGAAUAAUGAGCAUCGUCUGUGAACAUCUGUUUAAAGGGAAACCAAUGUUCUUCUUUUGAAGAGAGCCACAAAAAUCGCAAUAUCCACCCUUGGGGGAAAAAAAACAAAAACGCGCGGGAGCAUUCUGGCCACCUUUGACCGCGGGCGCCUCCCGCAGAUUGUGCCAGCUGCGCAGCGGGCAGGCGUAUCUGGCGGCGGCGCGCCGUCCGCCGCGAUUUCCCUGUUCCAGACCAGCCAUACGGGGGGAGGGAAGCAUGGCUUCGUCCUCGCGGGUCACCCACCCAUGCCCAGUCCAGAGAUCUCCGGAGGACUUGGGGAAAGCGCUGGGUACACCGCCUACCCAGCACCUCCGGUGGAUUCCUUCCAGAUCUGGCCCCGCCGCCGGGCAAUACCCGGGACUCAGACCGGACAGCGCAUCGGCUAGGGCCGCCGAAGGGUGUCCUUCGAGGGGUUGUUUUGCGGAGGUUCGCGGAGGUCUCCGGCGGCCUUGGCCACAGGGAAGAGGCGCGGAAGGCGGCGAGGGGCGUGCGCGCGCGUUGUGACAGGGCUGGCCGGGAGAAAGUUGCCUUUUAUGAGCGUGCACUUCCUGUUAGCUGCCUCUCCGCCUCCUCGGCGGCUAGGAAUAUAUUUACACACACACAGGUUUGCACCUCCCUCUCUGGGCAGGGUUUCCUCGCUUUCCCCCUCGUUUCUUUUCCUCUUGUUUGUGCCGUGGCGGCUGUCAGAUUCACCUCUUGCACGCCGGAAAGCGGCUGGUGCAACCGCGGAGCCUCUGCGCGCUCCCUCCCGUGGCUGCCUGCCAGCUGCACCCGCUUGCCCGGGAAUCAGCCGACGUCUCAAGGAGGAUUGCAACGCCCUUGCCCCGCGCCCGCUGAAGAAAGGGGGCGCGCGAUUUGCAGCCUGGCCCUGCGGGGGCUCGGGCUGCGUUUGCACGCCCUCUUUGCAGCCUCUUUGCACGAGGCGCUUUCUGGCGCUUUCCGUGCGCGCGCGCCGACUCCAGGAAGAUGCCUGUCUGGAAACUUUAGUAGCUUUCCGGGAAAUUGUGGCGGAUUCUGGUUGUGCAGCAACCUCGGUGUCCCGCCAUUGGGAUCGCGUUCGUCCAGCCCGGGCAUCCAGGGGUCCAGCUGGCGGACGAUGAGCCGAGGCUCCUCUGGCCUCUUCUCUCACCCAUCUUUUGGCCUCCGAAGCCCGAGCAGCGGCCAGCAAACUUCCGCCGUUUUUUGAUAGCUUUCUGCUCACAUCCAACUCAGGGGGUCCGAGCUUUUGCAGGCGAGUGGAACUGGCCGUAGACAGACAGCCUCUGUUCGCAUCUCUGCGAUGGGAAGCACGGCCAUGGACGCCAAGAAGAAAGAUGCCUCGUCUGCUAAGAAGAAGGACGCCGGCCAGAAGCGACGCAUGUUGCGUGUUCACAUCCCCGUAAGUCUGCUUGCUGGCUGUGUUCACCGGACAGGGUUAGCUACUGUUCUCCGUUUGCUCCGUUCGCACGGCGUUCAGAUCCGCAAAGGGCUCUGCGCAGACCGCAGGCUAAAUCUGAUUGGCUAGUUGCUGGAUCUCAGUUCCUUUGCCAUGCCUUUCCUGGAUGGGGAUAUGGAUGGAUCUGAGAAACAUGCUUUGCGAAAGACAGACGACAGCUACAAUUCAGGGAGCCCUUCCAAAGGAAUCUUCUCAAAGGGGUUCCAGAACCGACCUUCCAGUCCAUCUUCUGCUCCCGUCAAGUCUAAACAUAGUCCAGGCUCACCCAAAACGGUGUUCCCCUUCCCGUACCAGGAAUCACCGCCUCGCUCCCCUCGACGCAUGAGCUUUAGUGGCAUUUUCAGAUCUUCUUCAAAAGACUCUUCCUCCUCUGGCUCUAACCCUUCCACCUCCCCCGGAGGAAUCAAGUUCUUCUCCAGAUCAAGAAAAACUUCUGGGCUUUCCUCUUCACCAUCAACUCCCACCCAGGGAGCCAAGCAGCCGGCAUUUCCGCUUGAAUGCUACAGACAGGAACCAGAGAGGCUAGAGACGCGGAUUCACACACCCUCUUCUCCUCCAGAUACUGGCCAAAGGUUUAGCCUGCCUCCAGGGCAGGGUAUUGCCAAGCCGCCGUCCCCAACACCUGUCUGUUGUGUUACCUCAAAAGUAGCAGGGCCACCUCAGUCCCCGGCCGCUUCCGAAGGGAUGCUGGAGAAACUGGAGCUCGAGGACGAAGUGAGGCUGAUAGCUGAUUUGCAAUUGACAGGAAAAGGAGGCAGCCAUCCUGAGUAUAGUAUGGUACUAAAAAAAGAGGCAAGCCAACAUUUAGUUGCUGGUCCACAGUUCUGCAAUAGCUCUGGGUACAUGCCAUCAAACCCUGCAGCUUUAUCGUUUUGUAAUGAAUCCAGACCCUUCUGCAUUUCUUCUGGUGUAAAUGGGCCUGUUGGUGAAUCAGAAAGUGAUAUCUACAUGCGAUUCAUGAAGUCACACAAGUGUUACGAUAUUGUUCCAACAAGCUCAAAGCUUGUGGUUUUUGACACUACACUACAGGUAAAGAAAGCUUUCUUUGCUUUAGUGGCAAAUGGUGUUCGAGCAGCUCCACUGUGGGAGAGUAAAAAACAAAGCUUUGUAGGAAUGUUAACAAUUACAGAUUUCAUUAAUAUACUGCAUAGAUACUACAAGUCUCCAAUGGUACAAAUCUAUGAACUAGAGGAGCACAAAAUUGAAACAUGGAGAGAGCUUUAUUUGCAAGAAACCUUUAAACCCUUAGUGAAUAUUUCACCAGAUGCAAGCCUUUUUGAUGCUGUAUAUUCACUGAUCAAAAACAAAAUCCACAGAUUACCAGUUAUUGAUCCUGUGAGUGGAAAUGCACUUUAUAUACUUACCCAUAAAAGAAUACUCAAGUUCCUCCAGCUUUUUGUGUCAGAAAUGCCAAAGCCUGCCUUCAUGAAGAAAAAUCUGGAUGAACUUGGAAUAGGAACUUACCAUAAUAUUGCCUUUAUACAUCCAGACACUCCUAUCAUUAAAGCCUUGAAUAUAUUUGUAGAUAGAAGAAUAUCAGCACUACCUGUUGUGGAUGAGUCAGGAAAAGUUGUAGAUAUUUAUUCCAAAUUUGAUGUUAUAAAUCUUGCUGCUGAAAAAACUUAUAAUAACUUAGAUAUCACAGUGACACAAGCUCUCCAACAUCGCUCUCAGUAUUUUGAAGGUGUUGUGAAAUGUAAUAAGCUGGAAACGCUGGAAACAAUUGUGGAUCGGAUAGUUAAAGCUGAGGUUCAUCGGUUGGUGGUUGUGAAUGAAACUGAUACUAUUGUUGGUAUCAUCUCCCUCUCUGACAUCCUCCAAGCAUUAGUGCUUACGCCAACAGGCGCCCGGCCAAAGGAGAGUGGAACUGAAUGACUGCUUUGAACAGAACUACCUUGGAAAGAAGAAUUCAAAUAUAGUGGCUGGGUCAUCUUUGCCUCAAGAACAUUGAUGGCAGUAGAGAAGAGUCAAGAGAUGAUGAGAAUGUGUGUGUAUUAGGCUAAGUGAUGGAUAGUCUAUUAUUUCCCAGUGACUGUCGCAAAACAAGCAGCAUGACAAAAAGCUUCUGUAUUCAAUGCAGGCUUGCAUUUCAACAUGUUUGCCAAAAGAUUUCACUUGAUGUCCAUCUCAAAUGCACUGAAAAAGAAUAGCAUUUAAUGUUAUGUUUUAAUCUGAUGCAAGUCACUGGUCAGCAACAGAUCUCCGACAUAAGGCAAGUGUAUGGCAUAUUCAUAUCAGAGUGCCUUAUGUCAAAAAGCCAACAAUAUGUCAUCACUGUUGCCCAUAGUAAAAGAACGUGUGAAACAAGAUACUAUUUGAACAUUCAAGUCGCUAAGCCUAAAACCAAAUCAAUUUCAGUUAUCGUUAGAUUUGUUCUAAAAGCUGUAAUUUAAAUAUCAGUAGAUUACUUUAAACUUUAAUUACAACUGUGUGUUUCUAAAUGUUACAUUCUGAACAGAGAUCGUAAAACAAAACUGAUUAAAAGCAGCUUUAUUUAUUUUUAUUUCUGCAAUUUUUACACAUCUUUGGUGGAUAGUUAAACUUCACCACAUUCAUUAAUAAAGCAUUGAUUCAUAUAUAAGAAGCAAAUUUCUUAUUACUGAAACAGGUGAUAGAAGCCAUCUUUACAGAUGCAUUACACAAAAGGUUGAGAAAUUGUUUAUUAAAUGUAUUGCCAUGCAACAUCUUUGUCCACAAAAGAGAAAUCAUAUAGUGGUAACAUAAAUGAAUGAAGUAUGUUGAAUUUAAAUGGCCAGAAGGUAAGAAUAUAGUGCUAGAAAUCUGUCUACUACUAAAACUCUUUCCUAUAAGCUUUAACUGGGUGAAAUGAUGCAUCAUAUGACAACAAUUUUUGAAUCAAGGUGCCUCAAAUAGUCUAACUCAAAUAGUCUAAGUGUGGAAAAUCUGGGGUCCAUGACUCCUGAGGAAGUGAGAUUAGAAGUUGUGGCUUUUUCAGCUCUGGUCACAGGAUGCUCAUUUUGAACAGUUCUAUCAAAUCUAUAACAGUUUCUCAGCUACUUUAAUAUUCCCAAUGGUUUAAAAAAAUAGAAAAUUUGAAGUCCAAAACACAUGGAAGCACAAUUUACCUGCGGAAAUAGUUCAUAAUUUUUUAAAAAUUAUCAGCACUAUUGGCUUUUUCUAAAAUAUUAAAUGAGGGAAAUUUGACAUUGCCUAACUGCAUAUUGUUAAAAACCUCUUGAAAGGCAGGCAGAUUUCAGAAGAGUUGCUCGGCUUUUAGAUUAACUUUUAAAAUUAUACAGACUAAAUAUGUAUACGGAUGGAAGAAGACAAUCUGGAAAAAGCACCCAUCUGCCCUGUUUGACCAUGCUCUUUAAAUAAAAGCAGAAUUCAAACUGAGGUGUGCAGAUGUACACAGUUUGCUGGCGAGAACAUUUUAUUCCACAAUGUAAUCUUUUUCAUAGGAGAAUUCUUCAAGCUCAUUUGCACUUGCCCAACUCCAACAUGCUUUUCUCAGGGUAUGAUGAGCUGAAGCGAGCACAGCAUUCAACUUGUCAACUAGUCUGUUUCUGCUCCUUUCCUCAUGACACCAAUCAUUUGCCAUUGCUUUUUUCUCCAGCAAGCAUCACUUUCUUGGUCAUUCAGCAUUAACUCAGCAAAUAUGUGCGUAACUUUUUUUUCUUACUGUUAACUGUUUUUGCCAUUUUUAUGCCCAUUCUAGGCAGAUCCUUCAAUGCAGAUCUCUUCAAUCUCUCCUUUAAAAAAAAUAGUACCUUGGUUUCAGUAUAAACAGAAUGCCUAAAAUUUUUAGGCUGAUGUCUUUCAAAUUUAUCCUCUAUUAUAUGAUUGGGUUCUUUCAAACAUUAUAUAAAUAAUCUGGCAAGUACUAAAAAUCUAACAUUCUAUACUAUGCUGCAGUAUUUCUCAACCUUGAUAAUUUUCACAUGUGUGGGUUCAGUUCCCAGAGUUCUUUGGGAGGAUGACUAGGGAAUUCUGGUAGUUGAAGUCCACAUAUCUUAAAAAUCGCCAAUAUUGAGAAAUUUGAAUUUACAAUUAAGUAGAAACCAAUCCCAGCAAGCAAUUCAAACAUGACUGUAUUUUCAGCACAUGAAUGGUUCAUUCAUUGAAUCAAGACUGAAAAUAUGUUUUUUAUCAACAGAGCCUACAUUUGUUCUCCCCCUGGUGUGUACGAUCAAGAUACAAUACACACCCGCAUGCAGUAAAGAGAAAGGCUGUAAAACUACCAUUAUUAAAAGAAACAUGAGAAGCAGGGUCGGUUUAUGAAGGGGUCGCAGCCAGAUUAAAAUUCCCGGUUUGCUGAAUGUCUGCCUGCCAGCUGCAUUCUGCUUACUCUGCAUCGCACCCACUCCGGCUUCAGCUGCUAACUGAGCAUGCGCCUGGUUUUUAAUUUCUUUAUUUAAAAUAGUUGGAACUUGCUGAGCAGAGUAUGCAACUCGCCGAGCAGAAAACCCAGUGCGAUGGUCGCCGAGGGAAGAAAAACAGCUGCGUCCUUCUCCCGCAUGCAGACCUUUGCAAGCCGGAUCAAGGGGAGUCCCCUCCGUUCCUCAGUAUCUUGAGACCUGGAGGCCAGAAGUCUCGACGCUGGGUGCACGUGGAACCACCGCUAGAUGGCAAUAAAGCGGUUCGGAAACAAACCUGCGGCUGUGGGCGAGAGAAAAGUAUGUGCGUACACGUGGAGGAAGAAAAUAGAGAAAAGUAGGCUGCUUACAGAGAUUGGGUGUAAAGGAAGAGACAUACGUGUAGCCACGUUCUCACUUCUGUUAUUUAUUUUUUUUUUGUCCAAUGUUUCUCAGCUUGACGGAUUGAAGAUACCUGAAUAAACUCCCAGAGUUCCCCAGCCGUAGCAGGCUGGUUGGGAGUUUCUGGGAAUUGAAGUCCCCAUAUCUUAACAUUACUACAGUUGAGAAACACUGAUCUAAAGGUAAACAAGUAUAUUACCCAGCACAGCAUAUCGCAAAUCACAUUGCUUCAACUAUUUCUACAUGAAGAUCAAAAUCUACAAGUUGGUGCUUUGUUGUCAUCCAGGAACUGGCCCUUUUUACAUUGAUCUUGCAAAUUUUGACCCCGUUUUUCAGAGUUGAUUUGAUCUGUCCCUGGAGCUUUGAUCUAAUCAGCUGGAAUUUCUACAGCUCUACAGAUGUUGUAAUUUUCCAGGGUUGUGAACUCUUAAAUUCCAUUCCAGGAUCUCUAUAGGUUAUGGCCAAGAUGGUGACCACAAUGGUGCAAUCAAAGCUGCUCCCAUUUUUACAUGCAUUUUUUUAAUCCGCGUGUGCAGAGCUUUGAUUGCACUAUUGUGACUGACGUCUUGAUUUUUUUUUUUUGACUGUGUCUUCUAGGCACUCCUACUCUUUGCCCACAAUUCUUUCUCCACUGCCCUCAAAGAUGUGCAACAACCUCUUCAUGCAGCUUGCCUCUUUCUGUAUGCAUUGAUUGGAAUAUAUUCCCAACCUCUGUAGCCCAUGUGUCACAGCAAUAGGAACUAGGAUCUCUGCUAUUGGAGAAAGCCCCUCAUUGCUCACAGAAACUUGCAAAUGGCCCUUUAUUUUUUACCAGAAGACAAUACCAACUGCUGUUAUAUUCACUUGAUCCACCAGGACCAGAAGGCAGGGUAUGUUCCGGAUCCCAUCGAUUAGGGAUUUAUGUCUGAUGGGACUGCAAAAAUGGACCUUCUGGGUGAUGACCCUUUCCCUAUGAAAGAUCAUUCCACCUGAGGAACAGUUGGCUCCCACUGUGUUUGUUUGCUUGUUUAUUUUACCACAGGGUAACUGGGGAACUUACAAUAUUGAAAAGAUAAAGCUAUACAAAUAAAAAUACUAUAAAUGUGUAAUACUAAAUGUUGCUUUUCCAAAAGGCCCUAAAAUGUACUUUGGUCAGCAGUAUGAGAGACCAUAUCUAGAGAUAUCUGGUUGAUUUAAUUAUGUGGCUGCAAUUUUUAACAGGCUUUUAUAUUGUGAUUUUUAAUGUUAUUUGGAGUCAUUUAUGUGUGAGCUAUUUGGAGUCAGUUGGAUGGCCAUAUAAAUUAGUUUAAUUUACCUGAUUAGAUAUUGCAAUACCUUGAAGUGGGAGUAGGAGAUGACCAGGCUGAAUCCCAGGGCAGGGUCAAAUUUAUCAUUCUGGAGCCUCUAUGCCCCUGAAAGAGACCUAUGUCCAGCCACUCCUGAAUUUUUUUGACUCUUAUCUGGCGCCAAUUUGCUUUGACUGUUAGUAGAUUAGAUUCUCGUGUAUAGUUGUAUGGAAUAAACUCGCAGAGCUUUUGAACUCUA